AUGUUUCGGACAGUGACACCAGAAACGAACAAAUAUUUUAUAUCGGCCUUAUAGGGGAAAGCUCUAAGUUCUUACAUGAAAAUAAAACAUUCUCAAUAUGUUUUAGCAUGGACUGUUUGUGUCUGCUUUGGGAUUUAUUUUGAAACUAUUUCAAGGAAAGUUACAAGCAAUUGCAACAGGCAGAAACAGCAACUUGAGUAUGACCGAAAUGUCUCGGAAAAUGUUUAAACUGGCGAUCACUCUACUGGCUCUUCUGCCAAGGACUGAAUCAGGUUUAUUGCUCCAAAUGGAAGGGUUUAUUGAUCUAAACCCACCCGACUUUGGUCCAGACCCUAACUUUCCCCCAGAUCCUAACUUUCCUAACGAUCCGAGUUUCCCUGGCGAUCCGAGUUUCCCUGUCGAUCCGAGCUUCCCUGGCGACACUAACUUAAAUCUAGACCCCAAUCUCCCUCAAAACACUCAAAUCGAUUCUGUAUUCCCAACUGCUUUUCCGCCCGACAGCAACUUUCCACCAAAUAAGCCGUCCGAUUCUCAGAGCGGAAAUAUUGACAACACAAAACAAUCAGCUUCUGAAGCUACCAACCCACUAGAUGUAGCCAAUGUGCUCAACGACCUAUUCCUUCCCGGCUCACCUCUUACUACGGACCCACAAACCGGCAGUAUGGUUGGCAUGGGAGCACCGCUCAUACCCUCCGGCCGACCAGAACAAUCUUCCGUCCAAGAGGCACCGGUAGAGAUCAAACCAAAUGGUCCGUCACUUCCGAUGAAACCAGAAACACCAGCUUUUGCCGGAUCAGGAAUGAAUGAACUGGGUGCAGUCGAAACAGCGAACAUGGUGGUCCCGGGGCAGGCAAUUGCCAAUGAAGGUAUCCCGUUUGGAGGUGACACACAGGGUAAUAUGCCUGCACCGUGCAUUGGCUGGCGUAAAAGACACGACAUGUGUGAACCUGGUAACAAACUAACGCCGCGGGAACGGAAAAAGGCUCGUAAGCUGCGAAGAUUGGAAAGGCGGCAAAGAAAAAAGGGAAAAAAGGCCGUCGGUGUGAGACAGCCAAAGGGUCCCAAAGUGAAAGUUAUUAAAAAAUUAAAACCUGUCGACAUUAAUACCGAGACCGGCGAAGUGAUGGGUGGGCCUGGGGGCGGGUCAAAGGGCAAACGGAAGGGAAAAGUUCAGAGGAAAGGCGGUAAGGGCAAAAAAGGGAAGCAAGCUACUGAAACGACCACCAUGGAUACAACGAACAUGGAGCUUAUUGCCGGGUUCGGAUAUAUUCAGUGGAAGAAGUAACGAAUACACAGACGGAUCAAAGCAACCCUAACUUGCAUGAAAAUUGAACGUGCCAUGACUGAAUGAUAAACAGAGCUGUGGACGAUGUUACAUAACAUAUAUAAAACAAUUAUCAUAAUAAACUAUAUGAACUGGACGUACAUUUGUUAUAAAUGAUAUAAUGGGUUUAAUUAAACUGCUGUUGUUUUUGUGAAAGGUAUGUGAAAUUGAAUAUAAUUAUUAUUCGAACGAACUAUACAACCGUUUAUUCAUAGAAAACAGUAAUAUUAUUAAAUUGCCUGGUGAAGGCUCUAAAUUAUAUGAUAUAGUUUUCGUUCAAAAUUGAAAAAAAUAAGAAAUAUGAUUUUAAAGAAAAAUAUUUGUAAGAAAUUGCAAUAUAUAAUAAACAUUCUCCCUUUCGUUUA